AUGACUACUGAUACGCAAUCAUCUACAGCUGCAUUUGCAUUCGCUGCAUUAAUGGGUUGCGGAUCCCCAAGUCAAGCCGCAUUUUCAAUGGACUCUUUGUUGAAGCCAGAACUCGGCGAAUUUUCACCAUCUGGUGGAGAAGAAACUUCAAUUUGUUCAGUUUGUUGUGAUGAAGCAUCUGGCAGACACUAUGGUGUUGUUGCUUGCUUCGGAUGUAAAGGAUUUUUCCGACGAACAGUUCGGGCUGGAAAAAAUUAUGUAUGCAGAUAUGAAAAGAAUUGCAGAAUUGACAAGGCUGGAAGAAAUGUAUGUCGAUCCUGCAGAUUCCAAAAAUGUUUAGAAGUUGGGAUGGAGCCUGAUGGUAAGUUAGAUUAAAAUACUUGAGUAAUUUCAAAAAUAAAUAUUUUUUCAGCAAUCCGCCCAGACAGAGACAAGACAGGAAGACAAAAAGAACCCAAGAAGAAACGCUCAAUAUGAAACCGGACCAAUGAAAAAAAUGUCAGUCUCAUCAAUGGUUGGCGAUUUGCCAUGUGUUAAUAAAAUGAGGGUAAGUUAAACCUAUCAUCUUUCUCAAAACACAAAAAUAAAAAUUGGUUUUUCAGGACGAUUGUGAUGACACCGCAACAUCUCCAUCAUCACGAGCUGACUCGGCUCCAAUUGAUCUCCGACCGAGCCCACUUGAUGAAUCAGUAUUGACAACAUUGUGCGAAAUUGAAAAUAUUGUUUUCCAAUUGAGGGAACCUGGAAAUGAUGACAAAAUUAUGAAGAAUCCAACAUUGCAACACGCUAUCACCAAAUCAACAUCGAUCACAAAUCGAACUUUGGUUAGUAUACUUUUCAAUUUCGAAAUUUUUUAUUUUUCCUUCACUCAUUCUUUCAACCAAACAAACAAACAAACAACUUGUUUUUGUUUAUAUGAACAUAUUGGUUUUUAAAUACUCUAGCUAAUAAUUAAACAUCAACGAUCAAACAUUAUUUAUGUUUCAGCUGAACUUCAAUGGUUCAAGAGGCGAUGCUAAAAUGGAUUGUGUUGCUGCAAAUCUUCGUCGAUUAAUCGUUGUAGCUAUCGAUUAUGCAAACACCUUGCGACCAAUUGCUGACCUCAACAUUGAUGAAAAGGUAUAUUUCAUCAUCCUUUAGUUUUUAUUUGACCUCAAAUGUUUAUAGAUUGCUCUCAUCAAAAACUGUGUUGCACCAUUCUCCCUCCUCUUCUGCGGUUAUCAAUCAAUUGUUAAUGAUGCACCAGACAGUGACUGUAUCUACCUCCCAUCUGGUCACAAGAUUUCACCACACACAUCACUUUUCGAAAAUGUUCCCGAUGAGAAAAAAUAUGUGCUUUUGGACGCCAAGGCUGAGUAAGUUUUGCCCUUCCCUAUCUUUCCCAAUUGAUCAAUGUUCGAGCCUACACAUAUUUCGUCAUAACUGUAUUUUGUAGCGAUAGCGCGUUCAUAGAUUGAAAACAAUUUGCAUAGGCGCAGAGAAAAAAAAGAGAAAAGAUAAAUUGUAUGUGUAUGUAUGUGUGUGUUGUGCGCAAUAAAAACUAACGCGAAGAAAAUGAUAUGACUACGGAAAUUAUGAAAGAGAAAGAGAGACAACGAUAAAUGACACCAAAUGACAGUCGGUUUCGAGUGGUCGCGGAAUAGAAGAAAACAAAAUGAUGAUUGAUCUCUCGAACUUUGAUCAACUGUGAUUUUUUAUGAUUCUCUUUUCCAUGAAUGACAGUAUUCAUAUCUUACAAUAUUUUCAGCAUCGUUCGUCGUAAUGUUGUCGAUAUGGUUAUCAAUCAAUUAAAGAAACUCGAUGUUUCAAAGACUGAAAUGGUUGCAUUGAAAGCAAUUAUGGCCUUGGAUCCAAAUGUUCGAGGAUUGUCUGCAAAAUCAAGUCAACUUCUUCUUGUUGCCAGAGAAUCUGUGCAAAACGCUUUGUUCUCUCAUCUUAUCUCCCGAUUUGGAACAUCUGAAGCAACUGCUCGAUUUGCUCAUCUUCUUUUGUUGAUCGCAUCAGCUACAGUAAGUUAAUAAAACUUAUUCAAAAUCAACAGAUUUUAAUAUGAUUUUUUCUGCAGCGUGCCUCAUCAUCUCUUGCUGCUUUCUUGCAACUUGGCAAAGAUGUUAGCUAUGACAUUGAUCCAAUUUUGGAAGAGCUUUUGCUCAAUGAUAUUUAG